UUCCACCCGGACGCAGAUGAAAAAAUAACAUCAAAAAAACAUGCUGAAAUAGUGAAUUUAAAUAAAAAGUGCGCGAUAUUUCAGGACUUUUCUCGUAAUUACAAGCAGGUUUAAGUUAUUAAUUGUGUGUUACAUUGAUGAGCCAAUUACUAUGUUAGCAAAUCUUAAUUGCUCAAUUGAAGCGCGUUUUUAAAAUAUACGAUGGAUCUGAGAGCUUUGUCCAUUAUCAAGAAGAAAAUCCUGACCUCAGAUGCCGCCCUUCAAAUAAUCUCGAAGAAGAACAAAAAGAUACAGGACAACGAAGCUGAAAUACAGAAACUUACUCAGAGCCACAAUGAGAAGUUCGACAGCCUCCAGACUGAAUUCACCAAUUACAAAAAUGCGAACAUCAGUUACAUGGACAAGUAUUUGGAUAUGAAGAAGAAAUUCGAGAAACUCGAGCCCAAAUACAAUGCUCUGUUUAAAGAGCACCACAGUAAAUGUGAGUUGGCCAUUUGGAAUUUCAAGUCUCAGCUUGGUCAGAGUGAGCAGGAAUGUGCCAAACUCAAGUUGUCCAAUACUGAAUUAUCAAAUAGUUUGGACGAAGCAAAGUCACUCAAUUCUAAUUAUGAAGAGCAAAUUGCACAAUUGAAAAUACUUGAGGAAAGGAAGAAUCAGUUAGAAGCAAGACUCAAGGUAUUUACGAAUUUACAAAGUGAUAAUACUCGUGAAAUAUUGUCUGGCUUUAGUUCUGCAGAAGCAUUGAAAGCGAAAGCAUUUUACGAGGAGUGUGCGGAGUUUGUAGACCGACGGAUGGCCAACGAACGAACGUACGAUGACGAGUACAUCUUCAAAAUAUUGAAAGAGAUGCAGGAUAUUCCUGAACUUAUCACGCCUUUCAGGGACAAGAUUGAGCGGUACGAUUGCGGCGUGCAAACUGUUGCAGCACCGUCCACCGUUAACGCAAGUUCCCAAACCCUCGCAAAGCGUCUUUGCCACAAAGCGAAUCAAACUACUGUGCCUAGAAGAAAUCUAAACGAUGUUGGUUGUCAAGCGGGCAACCAGUUGGAGACGAAACAUGUUGGAUGUCAAUUUAGCGAUAAAGUGCUGAAGUGCAUUAAUCAUGUGGGAAAUAAUAGUACAAAAGAUUUAUCAGCUUUAAAAAUGACUCAGCCAGUUUAUAAUAGUAGUGUGUUAUUGAAGCAAUUGAAAACUGAAGACUACAGCUCCAAAGAUUUUGGGUGUCAGUUCAGCAAUGAAGUAGAAUCGAACGUUGGUGCGUGUAAAAAAGAUGUAACUGCGAAGAGCUUCCAAGAUUUCGGCUGUCAAUUUGGAAUUACAAAUGAUCCAUCCACAAAGCAAUACGAAACCAAAGAAGUUGGUUGUCAAUAUAGUAAUAAUUUAAGAUUGGAUGUUGCUGGGACUGAGGAGAUUAGUCGACAUCACAAAGAGUACAAAGAAAUUGGAUUGCAGUGUACUCAGAAUACUGUUGAAAUUGGAACAGUCACAUUAAAAUUGGAACAAUCAAAUGCGGAAACUCAAACCUGCCAAAAGAUUAGUUGUAUUGAGGUCACUAGGACGAGCAAACCCCCGACAAUGAAACAGGCAUUGGCUGUAUUGAAGCGCGGAAAUAUUAAUAUAACUAUAACCAGAGGGAAGGUCGUGAAAUACAGCAGGAAUCCGCCUCCGGCUGCUCCGAGACCGAUCAAUCAAAAGCUGUUCAAGACGCUGAUGUGCAAGUUGAAUGAAGUGAUUAAUUCGAGACCGAUCAUGCCACGUAGCUAUGAUUCGGACAAUGAAUUCCAGUCCAUCGAUUCCGGCUACAAUUUGAGCGAUUGCGAAACGUCUUCCACGAGAACGCAAGCAACGAAUCUGAGUAUGUUCAAUGAGAGCACCAAGGAUAGAAUGGAAAAUCUGUUUGGUAUCGAAGAAGAUGAAGAGAGUACCAGUUUCAAGACGUAUUCAGACAAAGAGAGUAUUGCGGAAUCUGAGAUGGAACGCGUCUUCGACGAGAUGAGGUCCACCUCUCCAUUGAGCGUUCUACCAGAUAGUCCACCGAAAAAACGGCCAGCAUCCAAAGCAAAUGCAACAGAUGAAACGCAUGUGAAACAGCGGAAGUUGCAAAGCAGUUCGCUUGUAGCAAAUCGUAAGCUUUCAGAGAUCACCAAGAGGUUCAAAACAACUCAAUUGAGUGCUCGAUCCGAGCUGGUUUCUGGGGAUGCGGUGGAGGUGCCGACGAAGAAACGCAUCGCUCAUAAUGUUGCGACACUGAAAAUUACUCCACCAAUAAUUCCGGAAACGAAACCGGAAAUUAUUAAUGAUAACCCAUUGGAAAUACAGCCAGCUGCCAUCCAGAAGGAAGUAAGAAAGUUCAAGAAGCCCGUAGCCUAUCAGAAGAGAUUACAAAACAAAAUUGAAUCGCCGAGAAUCGUCGAGAACGGUAAUAUGACGGAGAACCAAAUUGUUAGCUGCGCAGCGACGAAUGAAGACAAGUUGACGGAAAACUCAGGAAUCAGUAUUAACGUUGAAACAGAGACGGCUCAUGCAAAUUCGUUUAUUGUAAAUCAAACUGAAAGGGAACAGACAGUCGAAUCCCAGAAUGUACCAAAUGUCAUUGAAGCCAAAGAGGUUUGCAUUAGGCCUGAAACUAGUGGAGUGGAGAUUUCAACAGAACUGAACACUGAAGAAAGUAAUCCAGAGAUACUAAACGAAGAGAGAAUUAAUGACAAUCCGAUUGUUGAGAAGAAAAUACCGUGGAGCAAAGCGAAGAAGUAUCUGAGGCGAUUGGUGUUUUAUCAGGGAAAUGAUUUGAAGACAGAUAAUGCGGUGAAAACGUUCCAAGGACUAGAUCAAAAGGUUCUGAUAAACUAUAUCCUGACGGCAGUGAGAAUCGAUGAAUCGGAGGCCGCGAAGGGCGAAUCCCCGUUCGAGCCUUGCCUCACCAUGACGCAGAAAGUUAUGAUUGGGUUCCUGGUGAAGCUCGAGAACGACGACUACCCGAACAUCACCGAAGAUUUUCUGGUACUCUGCGAGCGAAAUCUCCUUUUCGUCGAAGCGGAUGCCACGCACGUGAUGCGGAUAACUAAAGUUUACGCCGCGCUCUGCAAAAUGAAGAAGCAGAAGAUGAGAUUACGCAGAAUGAUGUGCGACGCCAUGUAUCAAAUGGGUGAUCUGGCUGUACCGUUCAUACAUCACGUCCUUGUUUGCUGGAUACAGAUUCUGGUAGUCAUAUCUGACGAGCAACAACUUAAAGAUAAACCGUUGAUACAAGUAUUGAUACAAUUGGUGCACACGAAAACGUGCCACAGUCCUGAAUACUUCUUGAGCGUGCUAAAGAACCUAUUGGAAGUCUAUUACAAGUAUCCGAGAGAACGCUACAAUGAGAACAACCUGAUCAAAGAUUUCCUGCAGCAAUUCAUGUGUACUCUAAGGGAAGAUUUUUCUGUGGCUAUUACCAUUCUGUGCAAGAUCAAAAGCAAUGCGUGGGCAUUCAAGCAGGUCGAGCUUAUACAGGAGUUGAUAAACGUCGCUAAACACGGCAGCAGAGAUAUCGUGAAUGCUUUGAUCGGGUUGAUCAGGAAAAUCCAAGUGCAAAUGAGCGACGAUCAAAAAACCUAUGCCAAAAUAAACGAAAUAUUGGCGAGCGCAGAAACAGAGAUUUCAGUCAUGGAGACGGAGAUGCUCGAUCCUGAAGAUGCUUAAUCAAAUGCAUC